AUUCUUUGUUUACUUCCAGGUUUAGUAAUAGUGAAGGGAGAACGCCAGGCCAAAAAGGGGAGCUUAAGAGUACCUCCCAGAGUGAGACCCAGCGCCCCUCUUCCCACUUCCCGCAGGCCUUCGUCCCCGCCAUGGCUGAGCUAAUCCAGAAGAAGCUACAGGGAGAAGUGGAGAAAUAUCAGCAGCUACAGAAGGACUUGAGUAAAUCCAUGUCAGGGAGGCAGAAGCUUGAGGCGCAGCUAACAGAAAAUAAUAUUGUGAAGGAGGAACUGGCCCUGCUAGAUGGGUCCAACGUGGUCUUUAAACUUCUGGGUCCUGUGCUGGUCAAACAGGAGCUGGGAGAGGCUCGCGCCACGGUGGGGAAGAGGCUGGACUAUAUCACAGCUGAAAUUAAGCGAUACGAAUCCCAGCUGCGCGACCUGGAACGACAGUCAGAGCAACAGAGGGAGACCCUGGCUCAGCUGCAGCAGGAGUUCCAGCGGGCCCAGGCAGCCAAGGCAGGGGCUUCUGGGAAGGCCUGACCCCGUAGUGGGGGGAGGGGGAGGGGAGGGAAUGAGGCAGCUCUAGGGUCUAUACUGUAGCUAAUAAAAUGUGAAAACGCCUGGCUGUUUUUUGACUGGCCACUUCUGUCAUGAUUGUGUCGCAUCCAUCCCCUGGGCCCCAUUCACUUUAUAUAUACACCACCUACAUUACUCCCUCAGGCUCAUAUUAUAACUGGAAUCUCUCUGCGGCAGAGUAAUCCUUUCUUUCUUGAGAGUAAAAUCUGAAAUGUCCCAAAUCUA